AUCCAAUCCACACUCGUCUCUCAAACUCUGCUGUAUAUGCCAACAAAAAUUAGAGUGACCAAGGAAAAAGACAUGUUCGUUGCAUAAUGAGUGAUUCCAAUGUCACGACUUCCUUGCGACUGUUGCAUAUCCGUGUUCUGUCCCCUUAUCUUUUAACCCUUCCAAAGUCCGAUCCUCGACGUUCAAGCCCUCCACCGAGUAUCACCGGUUCUCCCGCCAUUGACUUGGAACUUUACACAUACUUUGCCCUCUUGAUUCGUGAUUUUAUUAAUCCAUGGUAUCGUCUGGUCACCAACGAUCAGGAUUUAUGCACAGAAAUUGUGUCCCUGUUGACCCUUGUAGUGCAACGAAUUCAAAAAAGAAUGUGCGACGAUAUUGACUGGACCGAGUUACUGCUCAUUAGCGUACCGAAACUUCUUACACUUCAUUACCAAGACUAUCGACAAGCCAAAUCUCGACUCCACAUGGAUCAUGCGAGUGGCUCUGCAUCUCUGGGUGAACUCUUUCAUGGCAUGCAACCUCAUUUUGCACUCCAGCCUGUGCCAAAUCAAGAGGCGGAAUAUUUGCGCUUACUGACGGCUUCCAUACUGAAAGUAUUGCUUGACCCGAAAGAUUAUGAGAGUGAUGCGGUACGGCAUUUGAUGCGCGAAAUCCUAUCAAACGUUGUACUGGCCAACCUCAUUGAAAGUCUGGCGGAUCCAUAUACAAUACACAUGAUUAUUUGCAAGCUGUGUGAAAACUAUGCCGACAAAUUGGACAAUCUCGAAUCAACAGGGCAAAUGGCCGAAACCUACUUUAGCGCAGUUACCAACGAAACGGAAUCUUCAUCGCAACAGACAUCCUCUCCUGCCCCCGAUGAUUCGGUCACAAGCAUCCAAGCCGCCUUGAUCGACGCACAAAAUCAACAGUUGAUGGAUAACACACCGCCGAUCGAUGAACGCACUACCACUAAAAAGGAAGGCGAAGGACUAUCGACACGGCUUCGCCGAUUAAAGGAAAGGCAGAAUGAACUUCCAGAGGAAGAGGCAUUGGAGGAUGUCACGAAUGAGGAAAGGACACAUAAGCGCCGCCCUUUUUCUUUCGGUUACAUUACUUUGCAACUCCUCCUUGCACCGAUACGAUCGCUUUGGCUUUCUCUCACCGUCCUGUUCACCAAUUCACAAGAACGAUAUCAAAAGAUCCACCAGCAUAAGAAGCGGACACGUCACAUGCGUCUAGUCGAACCUUCGAUGCAAUUCAUGCGUAUUGCUUUCCUUUUGGAAGAUCGACCGAUACUUCAAUGGGCCUGGCAAAUGAUUGCCAUGUUUGUGUGGCCGUUGGUACGGGUAUUUGGUGGGGGCGUCCUAGUCGAUAAAUUUUUGGAAUUAUCGAUUCUGCACGUUCUCAGUGAGGACCACAUUGCUUAUUACCUUCGGUGCGGACGAGAUCUUUUAUGGCCCGACGGGGUUUUUCUACGCAAAGCGGAUCCAUCCACACCGCUGCAACGUGAAUAUAUGCGUGUUCGUGCUGAACGUUUGCUGACGGCUUCACUACCACUAUCUCUGGUAAAAGUUCUCUUCGAUACCACCGAUCUCAAUGAAAUACAAUCGCACAUCCAUGCCACUAUCGAACCUCUCCAAAACAAGUACAUUAACAAGCAUCUCUUAUACCUUUUAGUCGAUCUCGUAGCGUCCAAAAUCAUUCCUGAACUUGUACAGUCAGACUUUUAUCCGUAGCCUUUACAUCAUCACCUUCCUUAUAGUAUUUUAAGAUCAUAUCACCUACAUACUUAAUUUAUCUUGACUAGUAAAUAUGUUUUCAUUACCCUCAUGGUAUGUGG